ACUGGUAGGAAGAUGUCUGCUCUGCUGCUGUUGUUGUUAAGUGCUGGAGUCCUGCUGUCUUCUAUUGAAGCUCAGGAGGCUUACAGUAAACUCCCUGACAAGUACAGGAAAGGAGUGGAUCUGGCUCUACAACAGCUCAACUCUCAUUCUGGAGUCCAGCGCCAUUAUCUCUUCUUCAAGAGUCUCCUGAAGUCCGACAUAGAGCCUGGAUUUGAUGUGAGCUAUAUUUAUCACAAUUUCUACCUGAAAGCCACCAAGUGUGGAAAGGGAACAGUUGACGCCACGCAAUGCGAGUUCAGGGACGACCGAGUGAGUACCUGGAACUGUCUGAGAACAGUUGCUCUGAAUCAUCAACUCCCUUAGGGCUUUCAUACAAUUCCAUGAGUUAUCGUCGACAGAUCUAAGUCUAACAGCAUAGAAUAAAAAUGUAUAUAUGAUGCUGUUGUCGACACUGUCAUAUUGUGUGUAUUUCUACAGCCAUUGAUAGACUGUGCAAUCUGCUACAAAACCUUUGCUGGAAAGAUUGAGAAGGAGCCCAAGCCGUAUGUCCACUGUCUCCACAAACCAGCUCUUACAGAGGAUAUGAAGACAGCAAGAGUAGAUCACUGUAACACAAUGAGUUACCAAAGUGGAGACGCAUCUAUCCUGGCUUCAAAGGGUUCCAAGUGAAAUUCUUGGCAAUGGGAGUAAUGUCGUUUUGUGGCCAUGAUAAAACGUUUGUAUUGCACGAUAGGCUUACAUCUGAAUGUAGUCAGUAGAGGCACCCUCAUUUCAUCUGUAUUUGUUAUUCUGUGUUCAACAGAAUACAGUAUCUAACAACUUUAAACACUAAGGUUUGUGUUUUUUAAAGAUGCCUAUAUCGGUCUGCUAAUACAGGACUAGUGCACUACUUUUGUGAAAAAAAUUUAUACUCUCAAAUACAUUUAGUUAUCAGCAUUUGUAACUUGAGUCUGAUAAUAAUCUGUACAAAACAGUUAAUCUGAUAAUACUUGUGGAAUAUACAAAUGUUGCUUGAUAUUUGUUUUCCUGUUUCUUGAUCUACUUUGCAAAUGCAACUUAUUUCUCUGUGGGGACUGAAAUGGUCCAUUCAUUCUUUUUACAUUUUAGUAGAUUCGCUUUUCCAGAGCAAUUUACAGUAGUGAGUGCAGUGGUGGAAAAAAUACCCAAUUGUCAUACUUGAGUAAAAGUAAAGAUACCUUCAUAGAAAGUUGCCCAGUACAAUUCUACUUGAGUAAACAUCUAAAAGUAUUUGGUUUUAAAUAUACUUAAGUAUAAAAGUAAAUGUAAUCGCUAAAAUAUGUGUCAAAAGUAGAAGUAAAAUUUUAAAGAAUUUAAAAUUCCUUAUAUUAAGAAAGCCAGGCAGCACCAUUUUCUUGUUUUUUAAUGUAUGGAUAGCCAGGGGCACACUCCAACACUGACAUCGUUUACAAAUGAAGCAUGUGUUUAGUGAGUCCGCCAGAUCAGAGGCAGUUGGGAUGACAAGGGAUGUUAUCUUGAUAAGUGUGUGAAUUAGAUAAUUUUCCUGUCCAGCUAAGCGUUCUAAAUGUAACGAGUACUUUUGGGUGUCAGGGGUACAUCAUUUUCUUUAGGAAUGUAGUGAAGUUAAAGUAAAAGUUGUCAAAAAUAUAAAUAGUAAAGUGAAGUACAGACACCCGAAACAACUGCUUAAGUAGUACUUUCAAGUAUUUGUACUUUAGUACUUUACACCACUGAGUGAGUACAUACAUUUUUGUACUGGUCCCCUGUGGGAAUCGAACCCACAACUACUAGUGUUGCAAGUGCCAUGCUCUACCAACUGAGCCACAUCACAAACCAUUUAACACCUUAAUGUAUUAAAUUAAUGUAUUGUGCAUUGUUUUUCUUCAUGGUGAUGAAAAGUCUUCAGGUACCAAACUUAGAUGUACAGUAUAAUACAGUAAUGUACAGUUACAUUGUGGUUUGUAAGGAUGGUAAAUUAAUACUUCACAAUAAGUGGUUGUUUUCCAUGUUAUUUGAUCAAGAAAAAUAUUUAAUUUGAUGUGGAUGUUUUGUGUCUGUGCCCAUAACCUUGUUAUUUCUAGAUUCCAUUGGAAUGACAAUCGCAGAGAAAGGGACAGGACAACAACUCUUACAAAUCCAACAAUUGAAUCCUGCAAGAUAUUGUUCUUAAAUAUACAACUACCCUUUUUUUGCCAAAGCAGAGAUGGGGAAAAAGAAAAGUAUUGCCUACUCUACAGACGUCUAUAUCGGUCCGCUAAUACUAGUAAUGGCCCAGUGCACUACUUUUGUUGAAAAUAUUUUUUAUUCCUAUUUUUUUACAUUCAGAUUUUUCAGGGGAUGCUGCAGCACCCUCAACACCCCUACCUACCGCGGCUAUGUUCACGGACGCUACCUAUCCUCUUAAAUAUCCCAGGAGUUGAGCUGGAUGCAUCCUUUCUGUGUAUUCAUUGUGAAAAUUUUGAAAGUUGAGUGUGGUACACUUAAUUUCAAUCAAGUUUUAUUCAGAAAAGAUUCAUCCGAGUCAGUGGUGUUUCUCCCUUCCAAAUAGCACAGUGGUGGACAUGAUAGGGGACGUUCCUGUAGAUGUUGCAGCACCCUCCUCGAUAGGAUCGUCAAGAGAAAAGAGCAAAUGAGCAUCAACAAAAAAAGAGCACAGUUGGCUGAUAGAAUGUUUAACGCUUCGAUCAGACUGAUUGUGUUUGCUAUGUAAUAAAUUCUGCAGUCUAAUUUUGUAAUCCAAUUUUUUUAGUGGAUAUGUGUGCCACAAAUGUUCAACAUUCGCCUUUUGCUACUAUUUCUGUCAAGUCUAUGCAUAUAAUUUGAUGCAUAUGUUGGAUCCAAGGUACACACCGCACAGAACAUGGAACACACUGUAACUACUUCUGCAACGCAAAGCUGCAAGGCAAACGCAGCGUUCCAUGGAAAUGAAUGUAAUUCUGGUGUACCAAAACGCACUGACACUUUCAUUGUCUGUGUGAUCUAGGCAUAGGGCCCUAUUCGUCCAUAUCAUGCCAAUUACGUGUUACAGCAUGUUGUGAUUUUAAGGCAAUGUUCCGGCAUUAGCGGAGACUGCGUUCAAGCUAAACGCUGCAUAUGUCUGCUUUAUCUGAAAUUACCAGUGGUGUAAAGUACUUAAGUAAAAAAUACUUUAAAGUGCUACCAUAUAUUUAAAUGUACAUAUUCUUAUUACAUCCCUUUACAUGGAUAAGGUAGUUGUUGUGUGAAUGAGGUAGUUGUUGUGGAAUUGUUAGAUUACUCGCAUUAACAUCUAACAAUGUGUAUGUGACCAACAAAAAUAGAUUUGAUUACCUAAGUAGUUUUUUUGGUAUCUUUUGACAACUUUUGCUAUUAAUCCACUACAUUCCUAAAGAAAAUAAUGUACUUUUUACUCCGUACAGUUUUCCUGACACCCAAAAGUACUCAUUACAUUUUGAAUGCUUAGCAGGACAGGAAAAUGGUCCAAUUCACACACUUAUCAAGAUAACAUCCCUGGUCUUCCCUACUAUCUGAUUCACUAAACACAAAUGAUUUGUUUGUAAAUUAUGUCGUGUUGGAGCGUGCCCCUAGCUAUCAGUAGUAAAAAAAUCAAGAAGAUGUUGCCAUCUGGCUUCCUUAAUGUAAGGAAUGUGAUACUUGUGUACAUUUUAGCAAUUACAUUUACUUUUGAUACUUUCGUAUAUUUAAAACCAAAUACUUUUACUCAAGUAUUAUUUUACUGGGUGACUUUUACUUGAGUCAUUUUCCAUUAAGGUAUAUUUACUGUUACUCAUGUAUGACUAUCGGAUACUUUUUCCACCACUGGAAAUUACCUUUACAUUUCUAGGUUGCACUUCCACUUUUGCGAUACAGAUUGAAUAGAGCCCUAGGCUUGUUCUAGUCAUUCCCAGCUUCUGAGUAAUAGUUUUGUUUCUCGUAAAUGUUUACCCCGGUGGGUCCACUGUCCACAGAGUUGCCUUAGUCAGGCUGCUCCACACACACUGGGAGGAAGAUGGCUGCUCUACUGCUGCUGUUGUUGUUAAGUGCUGGAGUCCUGCUGCCUUCUAUUGAGGCUCAGGAGGCUUAUAGUAAACUCCCUGACAAGUACAGGAAAGGAGUGGAUCUGGCUCUGCAACAACUCAACUCUCAUUUUGGAGUCCAGCACCAUUUUCUCUUCUUCAAGAGUCUCCUGAAGUCUGACAUAGAGUCUGGGUUUAAUGUACAAUACAUCUACCACAAUUUCUACUUGAAAGCCACCACCUGUGCCAGGGGAACCGUUAACCCAAGCCAUCAGCGAUGCCAAUUCAGGAAUGACCGACCACUGAUGGACUGUGGAAUUUGUUACAAAACAUUUGCCGGAGAGAUUGAGAAAGACCCCAAGCCGUAUGUCCACUGUCUCCACAAACCAAAACUAACAAAGGCUAUGUCGACAACAAGACAAGAGCACUGUCGCAAGAUGAGCUACACCAGCGGAGCCCCGACUCUCCUAUCCAGCACCAAGAAUGAUACUGAUGAGUGAAAUACCAUAGAAUAGAUGGUUCAUGAGACAGAAUUAGAAUGUACUGCAUUUAUAACACACUGGUGGAAUUUUUUGUUCGUGCCAAGAUCACUAUUGUUUAAAGGGCAUACCACCACUUUUCAAGUUCAUAUGCAUUAUCUCCAGAACCAUACCAGUGUCUAAAACAAGAUCCAGUGAAAAAUGUCAAUUUGAUGAUGUCAUCAAAAGUAAAAACAUUCUAAAAACAGUGAUUUUCAAACACUAAGAGAUUCAUGGUCACGCAGGAGCAGGAAAAUGCCCUUCCCCUGGCUAGAAACUCGUUGCAUGUUUUGAAAAUCACCGUUUUUACUUUUAAUCCUACUCAACGACGUCAUCAAGUAUAUAUAUUUUUAGGCGCUUUCUUAGUUUUUAACCACAAAAUGUAGAAACGUGUCCUUUUCAUACUCUGAUAUUGUGCUGGAGAUAAUGAAUAUGAGGUUGAAAAAUGGUGUAAUUGCCCUUUAACUACAUUUUAUAACAUUUGAUAACAAUAAUUUAUUGAAUGUACAUGUCUGUAUAUAGAGUACUAUUUAGUAUCUCAGCUACACUGAAAUCAUUUUUAAACACUACACAAAAAUGACUGAAAUCAUUUUUGUGAGCCAUUGCCAUAUUGAUUUCAUGCUUCCCUUUUCCAAUUCCAACAAACAACUUCAUGUCUAGGCAGACUACGAAUCAACCAUUUGACUCUGUUAUGUUGUGAGACAUCGUUUUCUAGGUAAUAAAAUUCAUAGAAGAUCGAGAAAAUGG